AUGUUGCCUGGUUUCGAUUUGAAUUCUCAAGUUGGUCCACCAAUUAAUCGCGAUUCAUUUGAAUCUGGCUGUGAAUCUGAUACCUCGAGGUGGAAUAAGAAUAGAAUUCAAUUACCUGCACUUAAAUUAGAAAACACCAACUUAAACUCCCUUCCCUCUCCAUCCUCUUCCUCCUCAUCCGACCAUUUAGAAGAACGAAUGCAACAGAUAUCCAUCUCUCAUCAAUGUAAAGACAAUACUCGCUACAUUGGUAAAUCAAGCUCUGUCUACUUGAUGGCUGCCCUUGAUGAAUACAGCCACAACAACUAUGACAUCAUGGACACAGACCGCAGACCCGAGUUUUGGAAGGACAGGGAGUGGUCUAUUGAAGAGGGGAACGAUCCCGCACCUCUCCCGUACUCCCCUGACGAGCUUCCUCCCGACGAUCUCCUCCUCCACCUCGCAAAUAUCUUCUUUGAUCGCCUCAACGUCUACUUCCCUGUCCUCCACAAGUCCUCUUUUCUUUAUAACCUACAAAACAACACCCACGACCCCAAAUUCGGUGCCAUCGUCUUCCUCCUUUGUGCCACUGCCUCGAGGUAUUCGAAUGACCCCAGAGUUGUCCCCGACGACGACAAGGAUGAGCAGGGAAAUGUCAAGAACUGGCGAUUUGCCGGCAACUCCUUUUUCAUCAAGUUCAAGACUCACUGUCGCAGAUUUCUAUUGACUGCAGCCACACUACAAGACCUCCAACUGAUUAUUCUCAUGAUUGUGUAUUUGCAAGGUGGUCCAUUUAGUCCUGCCUGCUGGGCAAUAUCCAGUAUAGGGUUGGUGUUAGCCCAAGACAUAGGUUUCCACCGAAAGAGACCGCAGGGUGAUGGACUGCACGACGAGCUACGCAAGCGAGCGUUCUGGUGUUUGUACAUACUCGACAAGCAGCUCUCAGCGAUGUUAGGGCGGCCGAGCACACUACACGACGAGGACAUCGACGUAGACGAGCCAUCAGUGCUCCCCGACGAGAUGGACACUUCCAUGCAACUGAGUGUACUACAUUUCAACAAGCUCAUUGCGCUAGUCGCGAUACUCGGCGAGGUGCUGCGAACAGUGUACGUCGUCAACAAGCGUCGGCGGCCAGGUAGUGGUGGAGCGGGAGGAGGUGGGCUCUCCGAAGCGCAGCGAACGCUGAUGGAUGUCGCAGCGCUCGACUCUAAACUGCACAAAUGGCUAGACGAUAUGCCCCCAGAGCUGAGCUGGGAUGCUAGCUGCACGGAUUCGCUCACUUUCAACUACAUGUGCAUCCUCCAGACUACCUAUUACGUAGUGCAGAUAUACAUUCAUCGCCCCUUCAUAGCUACUCCUAGACGCCCCUCCCCGCUUAGCUAUCCCAGUCUCGCUAUCUGCACGAAUGCGGCGAGAUCCUGCAUUCACGUUCUCGAUCACCUCCAGACACGCAGUAAUGACGUGCUGUAUAUGGAUAGCUGGAUAGGCAUGGGCAGCUUCACCUCCUCCGUUAUUCUCAUCGUGUCUGCGUGCGAGGGUAGACGGAAUGGCGAAACACAUUCGAACAUAAACUCGAACACAAACCCACACCAUCACACACCCGAAAUGAAAGACAUCGAUAUGGGCAUCGCCGUCGUGCGUAAACUAGAAGACCGCCACUUACAUGCAGGCAGAGCGCACGACGUGCUGCGCAAACUCAGGAGCAGGAUUGAUUCUAUCCCCGUUAACGCUGGAGAUGCAAAGGAUGCUGGGCGUGGUGAUUGCUCUGCGAGUGUCAGCCCAUCGACCACCACUAGCACUGGCACUGGCGAAGGCGAUGGGAAGCAACGGCGGAAGAUUGCCAAGAAACCUAGUCACUUUGGGCAGGGUGCGCGGGGUGGGCAUGGAAACACAAUCAACCACGCCAACCACCCUAGCCCUAAUUACCACAACCUAGCUAGCCUUCCCAUUUGCACAAAUGACCUUGCUAAUCACAACUUUUACCCCACGCCAACUCCACCCACUGCAAGUCCUGCAUGUGGCGGGUUCGAGUUUGACCCGAUCCAGUUGGAAGCUUACUCGGAGGCGCAGACAAAAGCACAAGUACAAUUACAAAUACAACCACAACCACAAAUACAAACUCAAUCACAACCACACCCACACUCACUUGCGGGAUUGCAUAGUGAGUAUAACAUGCUCGAGAUGGACCGCAUUCCACCUUACACAAACACACCAACCUACGAUGGAUACUCUGCCUACCCACACUAUCUACUCGAUGACAUGUUUCCAGCACCUCAACGAGAGCAGGAUCUCUGGUCGAUGCUUCCAAACUCGACAUACAACCCCAAUUCGGAAGACUGGGCAACGUUUUUCAAAUACACAUGA